UUACAUCUCCAGUCUCGAGUCUUACUGACCUGUUUUGAAUAAAGGGGUCAAAUGCAUCUCUCGUAAGACACAAAAUUCACCAACCAUCCUCAAACUGCACUACACAAUACCCAUUGCAAUAUUUGGGGGUAGAGACAAAUUCUUCUCACGGGGUUUGUAUUACAGGAGAAGUAUUGGAGUAUUUUUUACUAGUAUAUGUCUAGAUUUGGACUUCGAUUUGAAAAAUGAGAUGAGAGUGAGAUUAGGAGAAGAUUCCAUUUACUUAGAAAAGGUCUCUCUCAUUUUGGAGAAAAGCUUGACCUAAAUCCAUCUCAACUCAAGAUCAGAUCAGAUGUAAAGCAAAACCUCAGGUACCCUUCUCCCUCCUCCUCACUCUAGACUACUCUGUUCUCCAAUGGCAUUUCAUCACCAGAACCCCCAUUACUACCACCACCACCAGCAACCUUUACACCGUCAGCAGCAAAACAACAACCCUGCUUGUCAUUGUGGUUGUUCUAGUCAACCACCACCACCAUCACAACCUUCACAUCAUCCUUCUGCAUCUCCAUUUUCUCACUGUAAUCCACCUAACUCAGACCCACUUCUAAUCCAAUCAAUUGUUACCCAAAUCCUUCAAUCUUCUCCUCCGCCACCACCACCACCUUCACAUCAUCCUUCUCCAGCUCCUCAAUCUAACCCGCCUAACUCAAUAGACCCACUUCUAAUCCAAUCGAUAGUUACUCAAAUCCUUCAAUCUUCUCAACCACCACCACCACCAGAAAACCAUCUCUAUCCAAAAUUCCUGAAACCUCAGAAACAACAAGAAAAACAAACACAGAAUCAGGAAGAGAAACGAACUAGAUCUCUCCUUAAAAAUCUACAUAGUCGGAUUGAUGCCCUUGAAUCAUCUCUUCAUCAUCUGUCUACUUCCUCCUCCUCCUCCUCUUCUCACUCUCAUCAUAAUCAACCUUCUCUCAGAGAUUUGGCAGCUCGUAUAAUCCAAAUCCAUUUUCGUGCUUUCUUAGUUCGAAGAUCACGUACUCUUAGAUACCUCAAAAACCUAGCUUUCAUCAAAUCUUCUUUUAAUUCCCUGAAAUCAUCUCUCUCAAGUAAUAACAACAAUUCUCAGCUGAAUCAUUCUGUUUUGUCACAGAAAGCCAUGGAUUUGCUUCUCAAGCUCGAUUCUGUUCAGGGUGGUGAUCCAAUGAUUCGAGAUGGAAAGAGGUUGAUUAGUAGAGAUUUGGUGAGGUUUUUGGAGUUUAUUGAUAGCAUUUCAGCGAAAAGGAAACAAAUUUCGUCUAAAUCAAUGAAGAAUGUGAGAAUUCAAACUGGAACCAAUCAGGAGUUCAGGGUUUGUCAUGAUCAAGGUGGUAGUCGAAAGGUGCUGGACAAAUUGAGUCAAAGAAUUCAAAAUUGUUCCAGGAUUAUUGAUGAUGAGAAUGACACUGAUGUAGAAGAAGAAGAACAAGGGGAGAUUGAAGAUUUACACCCUGUAGAUGAUGAGCAAGAAAACUCUAGAAAUCCUAACUAUGGGAUUUUGGUCAAGAGACCUAAUGUUUCAGUUAAGUCAAAGAAAAAUGUGAAAUUUGCAGACAAUAAGCGAAAUGUUUUCAUAGGUUGUACUGGUUCUCAAGAUUCAGAUUCAGAUGUAGUCAGCAUUGGUGGUGGUGGUGGUGGAAAUGAUCAGAGACAAUUUGUGGAAAGUUUGUCUAGAAAUGCUGAAGAAAUUGUUGGGGGUUACUCAUCUAAAGUUUCUGAGGAUGACGAUGAUGAAGGAGCUUCCCAAUCAAGUAAUGGCAGUGAAGGUAGUAGUCCUAGAGAGUAUGUGAAAACUGAGGUCAUGAGCAAUAAUGGAUCAAACAAGCAGUUUUCUAAUGGAAACGGGAACUUUUUAUUCUCUCCUCCAAUGCCAGUGACAAUGGAGCCUAAGAUUGAUGAUUUGAUGAGUAGAAGAAAGUGAUAAUCGGAGAUUUUGUGUUUGACUUAAUUCUAGCUAGGCAUGCUUCUUUCCAACUUCAUUUUGGUAUGAUUUGUAGUCUGUUUUUUUAUUUUUUUUUCAUUUUCUAUGAUUGCGAGGAAGAUAUUGUAAUGCUAACAUUGGUUUUGGUAGUGCUGUUGCUAUUAGUCUAAUGAAUGAACUUGUAUUGUGAUCCAGUGGGAACUUUUUGCUGAAUUUGUAUCAAAGCAUAUUGUAAUCGUCGGAAAUAUUUGUUAUCUGAUGUCUUUAAGUAGUGAGGCU